AUGCAGCCCACAGCCACCAUGGCCACAACCGCCGCCGCCGCCACCACCACCACCACCACCACCACCACCACCACCGCCACAGUAGCCCUGACGACGUCGUGGGACAACGCCACUGGACGCCCCACGGCAGAGCCAGACCCCAUCCUGGACAACUACGUGCUGCUGGUGGUGGUGAUGUCGCUGUUCGUGGGGGGCACGCUGGUGGUGUUGUCCGGCGUCCUGCUCCUCUGCAAGCGCUGCUGGGACGUCCACCAGCGCCUCAACAGGGCCAUGGAGGAAGUGGAGAAGACCACCACCACCUAUCUGGACAACGGCACCCACCCGGCCCAAGACCCCGACUUCCGGGGGGAGGACCCCGAGAGCCAGGAUGCGGAGACUGAGCGCUUCCUGUCCACCAGCUCCACCGGCCGCAGGGUUUCCUUCAACGAGGCCGCGCUGUUCGAGCAGAGCCGCAAGACGCAGGACAAGGGCCGCCGGUACACACUGACGGAGGGGGACUUCCACCACCUGAAGAACGCUCGGCUCACACACCUGCACCUGCCGCCCCUCAAGAUUGUCACCAUCCAUGAGUGUGACUCGGGCGAGGCCAGCUCGGCUGCCACGCCCCACCCAGCCACCUCUCCCAAGGCCACGCUGGCUAUCUUCCAGCCCCCGGGGAAGGCCCUCACGGGCCGCUCCGUGGGCCCCAGCUCCGCCCUGCCAGGUGACCCCUACAACUCAGCCGCGGGCGCCACAGACUUUGCAGAGAUCAGCCCCUCGGCAUCUAGCGACUCUGGGGACGGCAUCUCGUUGGAUGCCAGUACCAGGAGCACCAAGGCUGGAGGGCCCGGGGCUGCAGCAGGACCUGGGGAGGUGGGCCCGGGAUCCGGGACAGGUACCGUUCUGCAGUUCCUCACCCGCCUGCGCCGCCAUGCCAGCCUGGACGGGGCCAGCCCCUACUUCAAGGUCAAGAAGUGGAAGCUGGAGCCCAGCCAGCGGGCGGCCAGUCUGGACACGAGAGGUUCCCCCAAGCGGCACCACUUCCAGCGGCAGCGGGCAGCCAGUGAGAGCACGGAGCAGGAGGAGGGGGGCGCCCCCCACGAGGACUUCAUCCAGUACAUCGCCAGGGCUGGCGACGCCGUGGCUUUCCCACGCCCCCGUCCCUUUCUGGCCAGCCCGCCCCCUGCUCUCGGCAGGUAUUUUUCAGUAGAUGGAGGUGCUAGGGGUGGACCUGUGGGCCCUUGCCCCGCUUCGCCCCCCACUAGGCGGCCCAGGGAGCGCUCUCCAGACCCCGUGGACACGCGCUCACCCGCCUCCAGCAGCAAGGCCCCUCCCAGAGGCUGACUCACUGGGGCCACCUCUCCAGCAUGGACCAGAGAAGGGAAGCAGGGAGAAACUGGGUAA